CACGGAGCUCAGCCAUCUUCCACCUGCCAGUGCAUCAUUGCCCGAGUUCUGGGAAAGCUGGUGCAGCAAGCAGCGCAGUUGUGCCUUCUGUGGCAGCCACAUUGGCAUUUGAUUUUGUUGUUGACUGGCGAAGCCAGCGCGAGCUGGCACUUGGAGAGCAAUUUUUGUACAUGCUGUAAGAAUCUUGAUCAAGCUGCUCCAUCUUAGCCCUUGGUAAGAGACAUUAGCCAUUACUUCGAUAGCUGAUCAGAGCUUAGAUCAUGUUAAGCAGGACAACGCAAGUUGACGACAAUUCCUUGCCUUCGCCAACCGGCUUGCUUAGUUUAGCGACCACUCAUCCAGCUUGGAGCAAAAUGAGAUGAUGCUGUAGCGUCAAAGACUUGAUCGAGCGGAUCAGGCAGGGCGUGGAGCGCGCGUGUAGCUUGACAGCUUGGGCUUGGAUGGAGGGCAGCCAGCAGCUUGAGGUUGAUGAGAAUGCCGUCAAUGAUGUUGACUCCAGCUUUCUGAUAGCCUUGGAGGAACUUCGCAACCUGCGCCCACAGCUACUGACAGCUGCGGAGUACUGCGAGCAGCAGUACUUGACCAGCGAGCAGAAGGACUCUGUCACUGGCAACUUACGGGACUACGCUGUGAAGGCGCUCGUCAACAUGGUUGACCAUCUUGGCACAGUGUCAUACAAGCUCAACCUCUGCAUAGACCAAGAGACGAGCAGGGCAGAAACUCUUGACGUCCAGUUGAUGACGCUUCAGCAGCGCAUUGCCUCCAUGCGCACAUAUAUGGAGCAGGAUGCUGCGAAGCAGCAGCAACAGCCUAAAGCUGCCCAAAGAAUGGUCAAACAAUACCGGGUGCCGGAUGCGACGGCCGAGGCAGCCUUUGCAACGGCCCAGUUCCUGGUCGAGAUGCCCCGGGAACGCUUCGAGUUCGAGGAGAGAAACACGUCGGAGUCUUUCUAUUCGCCGCAACCGGUGAUGCCGGCCCGCCGCUCCACAUUCGGCCGGCGCAGGUCGGAGCCAUUACCUGCAUCUAGAGAGCCCCUCAGGCGUGCUUCAUCUGUGUCGUACCAAGCCGCAGACGCCCCCGGUUCGCCCUCCUCGACUUCCACAAUCGGGGGCGACUCCACGACUAGGUCGACGGGAGGAUCCCGUGCCAGGGGCAGUCACCUGGACCGUUCAGAUUCUGGCCCGGUCCUACGACAACAUGUUGGUGAAGGCUUCGUUGAUGUAGAAUCCGUAGACCUAAGUGUAUCUGGAACGCAGACUAACAGGAGCACCUCCAAGCUUCGAAGAAUGUUUAGCAGGGUUCUAUCAAGGAAAGAGUCAGAACAGAUUAGGUAAUUGUUCCUUGAAUCUAGGCCAACACUUCGUGUGGUUUUUGGCGGCCAAUCAAUCGAGUGUUGCAGUUUUAACGGGUGUCGGUAUAUGUCUUAGCAGGGAGGCUUGCGACUUUUAGGUUCUAACAACCAGUGCCCAUGACUUCUCCUUGGUUCACCAACCCUUGUAUAGUAAGUCACGAGCUGGACUGAAUAAUCAGAGGAUAUUGAAAGCGAAAAGGAAGUCAAUUUGUAAAUGGUGAAUAAUAGUUGCUCGACCCAAAAUCUGCGAGCAACGCACACACU